AUGUCGACUCCAACGAACCCUUCGAAUGGCACGCCGACGGGGUCGAAUGGAGCUCCCCCCAUGCGAAUGCGCCGACCCAAAGCAGCAGAUCCGCUCGUACGCCCCAAGAGAAGACCGGUGAGGCCUACUGGAGUUCCUCCUACCGGUAGUGUUGCGACCAAGACCUUGCCUACGCGACCCCCCAUCUCGAACGUCCAGCAGCCCUCUCUGAUGGGAGGUAUUCUACCCACGCCUGUCAAAGCAGAACACGCCGUAAACGGGUUCAGUGGCCCCCUAUUGUCUCAAAAGUAUGUCGACUAUCCGUUGGUGACGACAAAACGAGCUCUGCGAGAGGGAAUUAAACACCACAUCGCCCGGUUUGCCUCCAAACGAAGCGUCGACCCACGCGACGAAUCACAAUUCACACGACCUGUGAGGCUACAUCGUCGGGAUCCAAGAACACGGUCACAGGAUCCGAACGCCGAGAAGAUUCUGGGACCCGAUGGCCAACAACUCGACGAGGCGGAACGGGAGGCAUUGGAUGCUAGGAGAGCUGCUCGAGAGAAGGAGCGUGCAGAAAAUAUGGCCCAGAUUGCGCCCUCUGUAGGAUCACUUGGCAAAAGACCGAACGCCCCCAAGGCGAAAACGCAGCAGGUCUUCAAAUCGGAUCUGACCCCCGAGGAGAUCGCGAAGGCUCGGAUUAAGUACGAAGAGGCGCUUCCGUGGCACCUUGAAGAUUUCGAUAACCGGAAUAUCUGGGUGGGAAACUACGAGGCAGCGCUGUCGGAGACCCAUGCGGUUUUUGUUCUUGACAACGGAAAGAUGCGAAUGAUUCCUGCCGAGAAGUGGUACAAAUUCAGUGCCAAAAGUCAGUUCAAGGCCUUGACUAUCGAGGAGGCGGAGAAAUUGAUGUCAAAGCGAAUCAAGGACCCGCGCUGGUUCAUGGAGAAGCAACAAGAGGUCGAACAGCAGAAGGAAUUGGAGCAGUUUGCCAAGCAGAGAAAGGUCUUUGCUGGAAAGCAAGGCGUCCUUGCCGGACGAGAGGGACUUGAGGCUAGUGAGAUGGACUUCGAAGAGGAUAGGUUUGCAGAUGACGAAGAGCACGACGAUCUUUUCAACGAGCAAGACGAAGAUACCAAAGCUGCUGAAAAGAGAAUCAAGGAGGACCGGCUGAAGGCGAAUGUAUUCGAUCUAAAGGAGGAGAAAGACUACGAAGAAGAAGAGAUUCGCGAAAAGAAGGAGCGUGAAGCUCGCAAAGUCCAGGGCAAGAAAGUCAGAAAAGCUCUUAAGAAGAGAGAACGGAACUUUGACUACAGCAGCGGCUCCGAUGUAAACCCUUACACUGACGAAGAGAGCUCCGAUGAUAGCGAGACCGAGCGACAGAAAGAAGAAGAACGCAAGGCCGAGGAGGAGAAGAACCAAAAGGAGUCGGCGUCAUCCUCCAAGGACUCCAACACACCCUCGGGCAGACCGAAGCACUCUGAUCCGCUGAAGAAGUCAUCCGCCUCUCUGAAGAGGCUGGGAUCACCCAAUGCCUCGGAUGCCAGUGGGACAGACACUUCUCGAAAGAAGGUGAAGAACAAACAUCAGUCCUCGCAGCCAACUCCUCAUCCAACUUCUCGUCCAAUCUCUCCGUCUGCAUCACAGGCUGGCAAGAAACGCGUCCGAAACCCUCACCUGGGUGGAUCCGGAUCUGGCAGUGAUGUUGAUAUCGGCGCGGGCUCUGGACCCGAGAUGAGUGAGAGCGGCAAGGCUAAGAAGCUGAAGCUCAACCCACCUUCGGGGGUCUCUCGUGGAGGUACGCCGCAGGGUUCCCGAGCUGGAAGCCCUAUUGCCGGACGGGCCUUCUCCGGCAGUCGAGCCAGCAGCCCCGAGGGGACUUCUCGAGGUCGUGGAACGCCUGGACCAACUGGAUCAUUCCCCACACCCGCAGAAGUUCAUGCAGCGAUUCCGCCGUCGGGUAUUCUGACCGGUGAUCUUUCGCGAGCAUUCCGAUCUCGUCUUGGACCUUCCAAAGAGAACCACCAACGGUUCAUCGAGAUUGUCAAGAAAGUCAGUGUGUACGGCAAGGAAGACCGUAUGCUGCGUCCCGGGCCUUGGAAGGAAAUUUGA